AUGGCUCCGAAACGUGCAUCACAAAGGGGACAACCAAAGUCGCGCGCAAGAAACCAGCGGAGAGCGGAUACGGUGGAGAGCGAGAGCGAGCUCUCUGCAGAUUCAGGCGCAGAAAUAACCAAUUUACUCAAGAAACUAAACAAUACUGUAGCGGGAAGGAAGUUAGCUACUGACGGGCGCCAAAAGAUUCAAGCUCACCACAAAGCGAAUGUCAAGAAGAUAGAAGACAGGCUGAAAGAGGUCUCGAGUUCGAACAAGAAAGCCAUCCUGGAAUACCGCAAGACACAGCUGGAACGGCUUUCAGAACUGGCAAAUAAAAAGCUAGAGAUUGAAGAUGAGAUAGCAAAGCAUGUCCUAGUGCUGGAAAAAGUGUACACGGAAGCAAACCAAACUAUAAAGGCUGUGGUUGAAGAAAAAAUUGAAAUUCUCCGGGAGUAA